CGAAAGAAAAUUUAAUAACGUAUCCGUGAUGCUUUGCUCCAAUUACGUCAUUAAAGCAAUUUAGUCCCUCCUACGCACUCCGCUAUUGCAGAAACAAUUGACCGUUGGUCAACUUAGGUCCUAGUCCAGUUUAGGAAUUUAGUGUUGAGAAGGUAAAGUGCGUGCAACUGACCAACGAACAUACAUUUUUUAUUUUUUAUUAAAUAAAAAAUGUUAAUCUACAGGCCAUUAUGACAUACCGUAAUUAUUCUAAUUUAACGCUCCGGUAAAAAUAGCUAGAGUAGGGGAUGAAUAUAAUCAGGUUUUAGGUUUUCGACGGUCAAACCCCUAUUAAAAAACGCUGCUUUUAGACCCCUUAAAACAGCUGUGACGUCACAUAUUUUAUCAUGCCUCAAAUGAUUAAUCACAUAUUUUAUCAUGCCUCAAAAGAGUAAUCACAGAUUUCAUCAUGCCUCAAAUGAGUAAACACGUGACAUCAUGACGGCACACGACAAAAACUGCUGACAUAUCUGUUUGAAUAGGGAAAUUUCCUACUCAAAUUUUGUCAACUUCAAAAAAAAACUCCGAAAGUCCAAAAUCUGUAUAUAAUAAAGAGAAAUGAGUUGGCUCAAGAAUGCAAUCACCAAGCUAUACAGCGCUGUCUCAGCGCCAGUAGCAGCAACUCGCGAUGCUCUUGCGGGUCGACUACAGAGCGUGCGAGACACUGUCAGACAUUAUUAUAAUAGAGCAAGGGAACAAAUUGCUGGAAGGACGACGCUGCACGAUGAAAUCGAGAGAGAAGCGCGAGAGGACUUUUACGAUGCUGGAGACAUACAAGACGAAUACAGCGGAGUCGAAGACAUCAAGCACAUGUUCCCACAAGAGAAAAACCGAUCCGAAGGCGUCGAAGACAUUCAGCAUAUUUUUGACGAAAAUGACACACAGAUGUUGGAAGACGGAAAUCGCGUCAAGACAUGGCGGUUCAACAAGAACCUUAAUCAGCCACUGGCGGAGGCCAUCAUACAAAAAAUUACGCCCUACAUAGACAUGAGAGUCAAGGUAGUCUACAGUUUUGCUUGCAUCAUCUACGAAGCAGGAGGUGGCACGGCUCCGUAUCACAAAACCAAAGGAAGCGAAGGAUCGCUUACGAGCCUAGCUGACAUCGAAGCUUUUAUCGAAAAAUGUGAAAUGCAACGAUUAGAUCUAGGAGAUAACGAGUUUUGGGGGAAGGCGUACUUACCACCAGAAAGAACAAUCGAGAUCCCAGGAUCGUACGAAGGGAAAAUAGUCUUCCAGCAUGUGCAGAUCAAGAUCAUCUCCACAAGGGAGCCCUUGUUAGGUUGUGGACCUUUGCCAGACUGGUUGCGAAAAAAGAGGUGCAUCUACGCUGUGGAUGGUAAAGAAGAGCGAAUGCGGACAACCUAUGUGUCUGGCGAUGUCUAGCCAUCGAAAAAAGGGCCGGGGUAGAACGUGGAACAGAGUACCUUACAAGGCCAGCUCUCGCGCUAGCACGCGAGUACUACGAGAAUCCCAAACUAAAGAGGGAAGAUGUACGUGCUACGAAGCUCGUUGACUUUGAAGGGAUAGCGAAGCGUUUCAAGAUCAACAUCAGAGUCUUUGAGCCCCUGACAAACUCUGAAAAGGCACCCUGGAGACUUGUGUACGGUUAGAAUCAAUACAAAAAAGAUUUAGACACGACCAACCUUGGUAUGUUGGAUGGGCACUGUUUUUACAUUAAAAAGAUAGAUGUUUUAACGCAGCACUGGAAGUGCAUGGUCUGCAAACAGCGAUUCAUGCAAGUCUGUCAUCUCACAAGGCACACAAAGGAAGAGUGUGAAGGAAGAAAGCCGACUAUCAUCUGCAAAGGCGAGAAGGUCAAGCGCUUGCCUAGCAAGUCAGAGAAGGUCUUUUACGGUGAGGGCUUCAGUUAUGACGCUUGUAAAUGGCUCGAGCACAUGUCGAGGGAAACUGGAAGACACAUCCAUCACGCACUAUGUGGGCAUGGAGGAGAGCGUGUGAUACGCUACGGGGAGAAAGAAAAUUAGGUCUACAAGGUAGACGGCUAUGAACCUCAGAUCAUGACAGUCUAUGAGUACCACGGUUGCAAGUGGCACGGAUGCCCCUGCCAAGGAACGCGGAACAUAAACACAUAUAAGACCACCAAGUCCAGAGGUACUUCAAGAAAGAAUUUCGACCAUAUCCUCACUACAUCGUGUUUGAUUUCGAGGCCCUCUUGCUCCCUCUGAAUCAGCGACAAACAUCCGAUCUAACAUACAUCUCGGAGCAUGAGGGCCUCGAAAUCAAACACGAUGUAGUGAGGGUAGGGUCGAAAUUUUUUCUUGAAGUACCUCUUGGCUUUGGGUGGGCUCUCACACUCCCACACUGUGACGAGGUUGUAGCCAAGUUUUCGGAUGCCUU